GCACCUUCAGCUCGCUGCCUCUGCCGCGUUGUGCAGGUGCCUGGCUAGCCCUCCCGCGCCCUCCUGCGCCUUCCGCGUCCCCGCCCGCGCCUCGCGCCCUCCGCGUUCCGGACCGCGCCCCCCGGGGUCUCGCGCACGCGGAGCCCAGGCCGCGGGCCGCAGAGCCGGGCCGGCGAUGAGCGCGAGGAGCCGACAUGAGCGCAGACAGCAGCCCGCUCGUGGGCAGCCCGCCCAGCAGCUAUGGGACCCUGACGAUAGAGACAUCAAUCGAUCCCCUCAGCUCCUCAGUUUCAUCCGUGAGGCUCAGCGGCUACUGUGGCAGUCCAUGGAGGGGCAUCGGCUAUCACGCCGUGGUCUGGAUGCUGGCCGGGAUCCCUUGGCUGCUGUUCCGCUGGAAGCCCUUGUGGGCCGUGCGCCUGAGGCUCCGGCCAUGCAGCCUGGCGCACGCAGAAACACUCGUCAUCGAAACAAGAGACAAAGAGGAUAGCUCCUGGCAGCUCUUCACUGUGCAGGUGCAGACUGAGGCCAUCAGUGAGGGCAGCUUGGAGCUGCCCCAUCAAGCUCAGACAGAGGAUGGCCGGAGCCAGGUGGCUAUUGGGACAGUACCAGAGGGCACAUGGAAGGACACUGCCCAGCUCCAUGGGCAAGAGGAGGCAAAGCGGGUGCUGCGGUACUACCUCUUCCAGGGCCAGCGCUACGUGUGGAUUGACAGUCAGCAAGCCUUCUGCCAAGUCAGCCUGCUGGAUCACGGCCGCAGCUGUGAUGACAUCCACGGUUCCCGCUCUGGCCUCAGCCUCCAGGACCAAACCGUGAGGAAGACCAUUUACGGCCCCAACGUGAUCAGCAUACCAGUCAAGUCCUACCCACAGCUCCUGGUGGAUGAGGCACUGAACCCCUACUAUGGGUUCCAGGCUUUCAGCAUUGCACUGUGGCUGGCUGACCACUACUACUGGUACGCCCUCUGCAUCUUCCUCAUCUCCACCGUCUCCAUCUGCCUGUCACUGUACAAGACCAGAAAGCAAAGCACAACCCUGAGGGACAUGGUCAAGCUGUCUGUGCGGAUGCGAGUAUGCCGGCCUGGGGGAGCGGAGGAAUGGGUCGACUCCAGUGAUCUGGUGCCUGGAGACUGUCUGGUGCUGCCCCACAAGGGUGGCCUGAUGCCCUGUGAUGCUGCCCUGGUAACUGGCGAGUGUGUGGUCAAUGAGAGCUCUCUGACAGGGGAGAGUGUCCCAGUGCUGAAGACAGCCCUACCAGAGGGGCCCAGAUCCUACUGCCCAGAGACCCAUCGGCGGCACACACUCUUCUGUGGGACCCUCGUCCUGCAGGCCCGGGCCUGCGUGGGGCCCCAGGUCCUGGCGGUGGUGACACGGACAGGGUUCUGCACGGCUAAAGGGGGCCUGGUGAGCUCGAUCCUGCAUCCCCGGCCCAUCAGCUUCAAGUUCUACACACACAGCAUGAAGUUUGUGGCUGCUCUCUCUGUCCUGGCUCUAUGUGGCACUGUUUACAGCAUCUUCAUUCUCUACCGAAACCGGGUGCCUCUGAACGAGAUCGUGAUCCGGGCUCUGGACCUGGUGACUGUGGUGGUGCCACCUGCCCUGCCAGCCGCCAUGACUGUGUGCACCCUCUAUGCCCAGAACCGGCUGCAGACCCAGGGCAUCUUCUGCGUCCACCCGCUGCGCAUCAACCUGGGGGGCAAGCUGCGGCUGGUGUGCUUUGACAAGACAGGCACCCUCACAGAAGAUGGCUUGGAUGUGAUGGGAGUGGUACCCUUGAAGGGGCAGGUGUUCCUGCCGCUCAUCCCAGAACCCCGCCACCUGCCCAUGGGGCCUCUGCUCCGAGCACUGGCCACCUGCCAUGCCCUCAGCCGACUACGGGACACACCGGUGGGUGACCCCAUGGACCUCAAGAUGGUGGAGUCUACUGGCUGGAUCCUAGAGGAAGGGCCGGCUGCAGACUUGGCACCCAGGAAUCAGGUGUUGGCAGUGAUGCGACCCCCACCUCGGGAGCCCCAGCUUCCUGAAAUGGAGGAACCCUUGGUACCAGUCAGUGUCCUCUGCCGCUUCCCCUUCUCUUCUGCCCUGCAGCGUAUGGACGUGGUGGUGACAUGGCCAGAGGCCACCCAGCCCGAGGCCUACGUCAAGGGCUCUCCGGAGCUGGUAGCCAGCCUCUGCAGCCCUGAGUCAGUGCCCAGCGACUUCGCCCAGGUGCUGCAGAGCUACACCGCUGCCGGCUACCGUGUUGUGGCCCUAGCUGGCAAGCCACUGCCCAUUGUACCCACCCUGGAGGCCGCCCAGCAGCUGACAAGGGCCACUGUGGAGCAGGAGCUGAGCCUCUUGGGGCUGCUGGUCAUGAGGAACCUGCUGAAGCCACAGACAACACCCGUUAUCCAGGCUCUGAGGAGGACUGAUAUCCGCACUGUCAUGGUGACAGGGGACAACCUGCAGACGGCAAUCACGGUGGCCCAGGGCUGCGGUAUGGUGGGCCCCCAGGAGCGUCUGGUCGUUGUCCAUGCCACCCACCCUGAGCAGGGACAGCCUGCCUCCCUUGAGUUCCUGCCAGUGGAGUCCUCUGCAGCCAUGAAUGGGACUAAGAGUCCUGUCCAGGCCGCAAGCUACACUAUGGAGCCACAGCCCCAGUCCAGCCACCUGGCACUCAGUGGGUCCACCUUUGGUGUCCUUAGGAAGUACUUCCCCAAGCUGUUGCCCAAGGUCCUGGUCCAGGGCACUGUCUUUGCCCGCAUGGCCCCUGAGCAGAAGACAGAGCUGGUGUGCGAGCUGCAGAAGCUCCAGUACUGCGUGGGCAUGUGUGGGGACGGUGCCAAUGACUGCGGGGCCCUGAAGGCGGCCGAUGUGGGCAUCUCGCUGUCACAGGCUGAGGCCUCAGUGGUCUCGCCAUUCACCUCCAACAUGGCCAGCAUUGAGUGUGUGCCCAUGGUCAUCAGGGAAGGUCGCUGUUCUCUAGACACAUCAUUCAGUGUCUUCAAGUACAUGGCCCUGUAUAGCCUGACCCAGUUCAUCUCGGUCCUGAUCCUCUACACGAUCAAUACCAACCUGGGUGAUGUGCAGUUCCUGGCCAUCGACCUGGUCAUCACCACCACGGUCGCAGUGCUCAUGAGCCGCACGGGGCCUGCACUAGCACUAGGGCGAGCACGGCCACCUGGGGCGCUGCUCAGUGUGCCAGUGCUGGGCAGCCUGCUGCUGCAGGUAGCCCUGGUGGCCAGUGUUCAGGUGGGGGGCUACUUCCUGGCUGUAACCCAGCCCUGGUUUGUGCCUCUGAACAAGACGGUGCCAGCACCUGACAACCUGCCCAACUACGAGAACACAGUUGUCUUCUCUCUGUCCAGCUUCCAGUACCUCAUUCUGGCCGUGGCUGUGUCCAAGGGGGCGCCCUUCCGCCGGCCAGUCUAUACCAACGGGGCCGCUAGGGCUGAGGAACAUCGAGGACACCUGCUUCAAGCUGCUGCUUCUGGGCAUGGUCGCCUCGAACCUUGUGGGAGCCUUCUUGCUGGAGAGCAUGCUGGACCAGUGCCUGCCCCCUUGCCUGCGGUGGCUCCGGCCCAAGCGAGCCUCCAAGAAGCGCUUCAAGCAGCUGGAGCAGGAGCUUGCAGAGGAGCCCUGGCCACCACUGCCCACAGGCCCCAUGAGGUAGCGCAGGCCUUGGGGCACACUGGACACUGCAUCUUCCUGCCUCUGAGCCGCGACUGGAGUUGUCUCUGGAGACCGCCAUCACCUCCCAUGGCCCCGUGGCUGGCUGUUCUCACACUCCUGCCCUGAGACUGCUUGGCCCAGCCCUUCCCACUCCCACCCUGGGGAAGAGUUGACUGUUGUCCCCACUUUAGACAGUCCCAUGUAGAGAUAGCAGCCACCAACUCCGCUUGGAACUGCUGUCCGUGUAGCAAAUAAAGUGGUGAUAUUUUCCUGGCUUACCAUGCCUGUCCACAUCUGGGCACUGAGCAAUUUGGACCUCCCCACACCUCCUAGGGGCCAGCUGGCAUGAAUGCUCCUGGCAGUCCUGAUUUUUCAGAUCACACUGGGUUAUUCCCCUCUUUGGGCCUCCACUUCCUCCUCUGACAAUAUUUCCUGCACGCUGUAUAGUAUCUUAAACGUACAGUCAUUUAGUGCCGGCACUAUCCCCACUUCAUGGUUAAGGACACUGAGGCCUAGAGGUCACACCAGCAGCCAGCAGUGGGGCCGGUCGCUCUGUCUUCAGCUUCACUAUUAGCCCUCCUGCCUCCCUGGGGGAGGAGGUGCAACCAGUUUGCCUCAGGCCUGCAAGAGAGUGCCAGUGUGCCCGAGCCUCUGCUCUCUCCCUCUGGCUGCCGCAUCCUCAGCUGUUUGUGGUCUGGUUCUUCCCUCAGAUAAAAUGCAGGCUCUGAGCCCAGGUCUCCCAGCCAGACCUACAUACACUGCCUCUUGGGAAGGGUGGGUGCAUCUGACCUCAUCCCAUCAGUGGGCCACCAGCCAAGCCCCUCUGCUCUGGAGAUGUAACUUGGCCUGCCUCCCCGGGCAGGGAAGGACAGAAAAGAGAGGCUGUUUUCUGCCUCCCAAGCCCCAGACAACCUCAUUACUGGAAGCCUGAUACAGUCCCUAGACUGCCAUGGUCGGAGCACAGGAAAUGUUGAGUCAAGCUGGGUAGAAGGGGUGGGGCUGUGCAAAGGUAGUGUGUGACAUCAGGCAUAUCCCGGUGCGGACCUGCAUUAGAUACUGUGACAGCCAGUGACAGGUCAGGGUGGUAAAUGCUGUUUAAGUGGAGCAUGUUACAGUGGACAUAGGUCUGGGUUCAAAUCCCUCCUUUACCCUUAGCAGACCACCCAUGAAUCCAUUGGGCAGGCUGUGCCCAGGCUUAGGGGACACAGCAGUGAACAAAUGUCUCACCCAGUGGUAGCUCCUAACCCAACAUGGGGCUAGUUGGGUGGACAAAUGCCAAGGGCACAGUUGGAAAAGAGCAACCACAUAACUCCUCCCCAACAGCUACAGCUCUGCUUGGGUCCUUAGGGCCAGAAAUGUGGGCAGAACAGCAGAGAGGAUCCCAGAACCAGGACAAGAGUUAAGGCAGCUUUGGGUCUCAGUCUCCCCUUCUGUCAGCCACAGGAGACAGCAUUUCUGCUGGGUGGUUUAUCCUCCUGCCCCAGUGGGAUUGGCUCAUGAAGGGCUGAGGGCAGGCUGGGUUGCCCCAGUCCACUGCUGGCUGGACUGAAGGGAGAGUGGGGAGGAGAGGGAUAUUCAUUUGUUUGACAAACCAGCACUGGGGGACAAAUGCAAAGCACAUAUUUCGUCUUGUGGGGAGCAGCAGACAGGCCC